GGAUCCAGCGUUUGAAGUUUGGCGCGGUGGCUGAAGCGGGCUGUGGGCACCGACUGUUACUGGCGGCGGCUCAGGUCCGGUUUGGGGACGGCGGAGUGGCUCUGGCCCGUCCGCCCAGUGGCUUACACCAUGGUGGAGGAUGAGCUGGCACACUUCGAUAAAAGCAUAAGCGAAUUUGGGAGUAAGUUCCGAAAUACUCUGAAUGACACUCCCUCUCAGAUGGUGGGGCUGAGAGAUGCCUACAAGGACUCCAUUAAAGCACUGUCAGAGAAGCUGUCUGUGAAAUUAAAAGAAGAAGAAAGAAUGGUUGAGAUGUUUCUGGAAUAUCAAAAUCAGAUCUCCAGGCAGAAUAAGAUCAUUCAGGAAAAAAAAGAGCAUCUCUUGAAGUUGGUUGCUGAAGUAAAAGGCAAAAAACAGGAGCUGGAAGUACUGACAACAAACAUCCAGGAUCUUAAGAAAGAAUAUUCUAGGAAAAAAGAAGCGAUUGCUACUGCUAACAAAGCUAAUGAAGAGCGGUUGAAAAGGCUGCAGACAUCAGCAGAUGUGUAUAAAGAUCGACUUGGACUAGAAAUUAGAAAAAUCUAUGGUGGCAAAUUGCAGUUUAUAUUCACUGGUAUUGACCCCAAGCAUCCUGAGACUCCAUUUAUGUUUUCCUUACAUCUGAAUGAAGCAAGAGACUAUGAAGUGUCAGAUAGUGCUCCUCAUCUUGAAUGCCUUGCAGAAUUGCAAGAGAAUGUGAGGAAGACCAACAAUUUUUCAGCUUUUCUUGCCAAUGUUCGGAAAGCUUUCACUGCUAUGGUUUAUAAUUAAUGUCUAAAUAUUAUAUAAAGAUGAUUGUUUCUCUUCUCUGUCAUGUAUGUCUUUGUAAAAGAGUUCUCAUAUAUUGUCUACUUAUAUAUAAUUCAUUACUGUUUUUGUGAUUUUUUUCUAUGUGCUAUAUAGGAAACUGGACCACCUAACCCCAAAAUGUGUUUCUUUGAUGUAAGUAUUUGAACUGAAGAAGCAAAGUGAAAAAAGCUCUCUGCCCUCCCCCUAGUUGCAUAAAAGCAAGUCAUAACAUACUAAAAGUAUCACUGCUUCCUAUGUCCACAAGGCAGAACAGAAGGUCACCACUAAAGAGAAUCUUUCCCAGUUCACUCAUAGUGACAGGGGAAUUAAACCUUACUUCGCUGGAUUUUUCCUAUGACCUUGUGUUCCACUACUUCCCACCUCUGAAAGCCUAAACUACUUUCUUCCGUAAAAAACUUUUCCUUGUUGAUGACCCCAUGUAAACCAGAGCUUUAAGCAACUUCUUGGAGUUACCUGUCAUUGAAGAUUUUCCCAUGUGAUGUAUUCUGCGUGCAUUAAUAAAGCUACUUGUUUUUAA